UAACAGAUACAGGACUCCCGUCGUCAUCGUCGUUGCGAGGACUCCUGAUUCUUCUUCAUCUCAACAAUCCUCGACACCCACCAGGCCAUCACGUUCUCUCCCGUCAUGACCGAUAUCAAGAAGUUCGCGCUCGGCGACUUCAAGCUCCAGAACGGCGAAACCUUGUCCGGAGCCUGGCUCGCCUACAAAACGUUCGGCGACCCUGCCCUCCCGGCCGUCGUCUACCCGACGUGGUUCUCCGGCGCCAUUGCGGACAAUGAGUGGCUGAUUGGGGACGACAAGACUCUCAACCCGUCAAAGUACUUCAUCGUCAUCCCCGCGCUCUUCGGCAACGGAGAGUCCAUCAGCCCGUCCAACUCGGAUGUCAACCCGUUCCCCGAUGUAUCCUUCUACGACAACGUGCGUGCUCAAUACCAGUUGGUGACUGAGGAGCUCAAGAUUAAGCAUCUGAGGGCAGUUUUGGGGUGGUCGAUGGGUGCGGCGCAGUCGUUCCAGUGGGCGACACAGUAUCCCGAUUUCAUGGACAUCUGCGUCCCUUUCUGCGGCGCCGCCAAGUGCGCUUUGCACAACCAAGUCUUUCUGGAGGGUGUCAAAUCGGCGCUCCUCGCUGCGAAGAAGAUCAGCUCGGCAGGGAGCACCAAGGGGCGAGCCACAGCGGCCGAAGACAAGUCCGUCCGGGUCUGGUCCGACGAGGAGAAACAGGUCGGCCUAAAGAGCUUUGGUCGCGGGUAUGCCGGCUGGGGUUUCUCCCAGGCCUUCUACCGACACGAGGUCUACAAGGAGCACUACCAGGCCAAGGAUCUCGAGGAUUUCAUGCAGAACUUCUGGGAGAAGUGGGCUCUGAGCAAGGACCCCGAGAACCUCCUCGUCAUGCUCCACACUUGGCAGGACGCCGACGUGAGCAAGCAGGAGCCGUACAACGGCGACUUCAAGAAGGCCAUGGCAAGCAUCAAGGCCAAAACCUUGGUGUUGCCGUCCAAGACAGACCUCUACUUCCCGCCCGAGGAUUCCGAAAUCGAGGUCGACUUUAUGAGCGAGGGUGUCGGUGAACUGGCCGUCUUCCCGUCCAUCUGGGGGCACUGGGCCGGAGGACCGCCGGGCAACUUUGAAGAUGUCAAGUGGCUGGACGACAAGCUAAAGGGGAUCUUCUCAGCUGCACCCCACAGAGGUGCCAAAGAGUUGCCGAUUCGCUGAAGAACAGAGAAGGUAUUGUUGGAUUGCUUUGCAUAUGAAUCUGUGGGCGCUCAUACAAAUGUCACUUGGCCGAGCUUGUUACAGCCUAACUUGGAAACUGAGCAACAUAGAUAUGGUAGCAAGAACUCAGUAAACGCGGCCUUUUCUUACUCAGUCUCGUAUCUUCCGCACACAUUCACCGGCCUUGCCGAGGGUCUUGAUAGAAACGUCAACGUCCAGGUUUC